UCACGGAUUGAAAUGUCAGUGACGUCAUGGUGGAGCUAACUGUGAUGUGAUGGCUAAAACGAAUGAAAUGAACGAAGCGGACACCUGAAAAAUCACGUGCGUUGUUGUUUCUUCAAAAGCCGUUAGGAACUAAUCCUGUUCAAGUUGAAAAAAUAACACAGGUGCUAUUUCAAUAUUAUUGUUUAUCUUCAGCAAUGCUACAAAAGUCAUUCAGCGAGGGCAUAUUUUUAGAGAGAGGAGUACCUCAAUCUUCCACCAGUUACAAAAGUACCUGCCAUUUAAACAAUGAAAGAUCAUACUGCACGGCAGUAUACUUCGUGCCAAAGCUAAUUCCAAAAAGAUCGUAUUUAACACUCAAUGGUGCACCAAAAGAUAUAGACUCAUUUGCAGCAAAGGCCACGGCCACUUACAACAGGGCUUGUUCGUUAUCCAACGGCAGCAUCAAAUCUUACGAGAGCUCUGUAUCGAUGGAACAAGAAGAAUUCGAGCAAACUAAAAGCAAAGAUGUCCUAGAUGGUCUAGAAUGCCAGCAUAAUGUCGAACUGGUACCCGGCUUAGUAAUGAAAGAUUUUUCUGAAACUGUUAAUGUUUUCUCGAAAACCAGCGAUAAGUCAUACAGAUCGAGUUAUGCCUAUGAUGAGAGUUAUGUGAAGAGGAAUUACAUCGUUGGCUUAGAAGUCCAGAAAGUUCGCGAAUUCACUUUUACUGGAACUGAUGAAAACUCUACGUUUACCUCUUCAAUGAGUAUAACACCGGAAAAACUUACCAAUGAAGACGUAAAACUGAAUGGCGAAUGUGAUGAUCUAUUGUAGUAAUUAUUACGACCUUUAUAUUUAGAUGCCUCCAAAGAAUCUACUACGCUUUAUAUAUUUUUUUAAAUUUUAUGUGUAUAAUAAAUAUUGAUAUAAAUUUUUC